AUGCCGUCUCGCUACUUCGCUCCGGGAAAGCAACUAAGAAGGCUAGCAAGUCUACCUUUUAGCCGACAGUUUGAGAGGAGAUUGGCCGGUGGUAAAGUAAAGAUAAGAUGGCGGGAAUUUCUCUCUUCAAUAUCUCCCGCAAAGAAAGCGAAUAGAACUCUUGAAGGCACCUCUCACAAUUCGAUAGGGCCCUACAGAGUAGAAUAUAGUCAGAAAUAUAGGUACUCAGAGGAUGGGCCGAUUGCAUUCACUCAAUCCAAUGCAGAUAGAGAUCAAGCCACCCGGGAAGAAAGCACACAACUGAACCUGCUAUUUGGCGUCCUCCAACGGAACACGGGUGCAUGUAUCAAGGUCAAUGUCGAUGCUGCUAAGUUACUCAGUUCAAAUGCAGCUGGAUUUUGCUUGAUCGUCGGGAUGGUGGUGCCAAGACAAUCCGCAGUUUCAGGCUCGUCAAUGGAGGGCGUAAGGCAGCGCAUUCAGUUCUGCUUACCCUCUUUCCACUUCCAGAGGGUCCUUCGUUAUGAAAUUAGGGUCUCGGUUGCACUUGGAAGAGUUAGGAAUCCCCUGACGCAUGCUACCAAUGCUUCCGGAGGUAGGACUUUGGCAAAAGAAAGGGGAAGCCAUGGAACUCAUUUGCGAUUCGGCGCAUCAUAUACGAGAAUAGCAUUUUACAAUUCCGCUAGACCAAGUCCUUCUCCGUUAUCUCCCCAGUAUGGAGCCGCCUCUUCACCCGCGCUGCCUUUUCCUACUCUUAUUGGGCUACCUACCACGGAUUUGAAGUCCGAUGAUUCGACUCUCUACUACGGAUCCCCGGGGUCGAUCCGCAUGCUUGCAAAGAGAUUCCUUCUUUAG